AUGUCUGCUGAUAAUACUGAAACACCUUUGGUUGAGGAACAAACUCAACUCCCUCAAAGAUAUGUUAGGCAGAAAACAGACCCAGCUUGGGGGCAUUGUACACAACAGCUGGAAAAUGGAAAGACGAUUUUGGUGUGUCUCUAUUGUCCUAAGGUUAUCAAAGGAGGUGGAAUUAACCGGCUGAAGAGUCACUUGGCUGGAGAUCCCGGACAAAUUGUUAGAUGCAAGAACGUGCCUGCUGAAGUUCAACGUCUAAUGGGAGCAAACAUUGAUGAAGUUCGAAAGAAAAGAAAAGUUAAUGAAGGUAGUCAGGGUACUAGUACUAGUCCUACUGAAGAAAGCUCAACUCCUCAUGAAGUGUCUAACUCUAAUGCUAAUCUAUCAAGGGUUGGAAUUUCCAAUACAAAGGGGAAGAAUGUUGGUGGCUUAACUGAUUUUUUCAUGCCUAGAACAACUCCAGGAUCUCAACCCACCAUAAAAAGUGUGUUGCAAAGUAAAGAAGGGCUUGAAAAGUGUGACAUUGCCAUUGCUAAGUGGAUGAUUGAUGCUUCUGUGCCAUUUAAUGCAGUCAACUCAGGCUAUUAUCAACCUAUGAUUGAUGCUAUUUGUAGUAUGGGUUCAGGGUACAAAGGUCCAAAUAUGCAAAGAGUUCGUGGGUUUUUGUUGAAUAACUUGGUUGAUGAUGUGAAGAAGCUUGUUGAGUCUUAUCGCGCUAUUUGGAAGCAUACCGGAUGCACAAUCAUGGCAGAUGGGUGGACUGAUCGUUGUAGGAGAAGUCUCAUCAAUUUUCUAGUCUAUUGUCCUAAAGGAACAAUUUUUCUGAAAUCUGUUGAUGCUUCUCAACAUUCAAAAACUGCAGAAUUGUUGUAUAAGCUUUUCAGAGAUGUGGUUUUAUUUGUUGGGGCUGAAAAUGUUGUUCACAUAGUAACAGACAAUGCUGCGAAUUAUGUUGCUGCUGGAAAGUUAUUAGAAGCUGAGUUUUCUAAAUUAUAUUGGUCUCCUUGUGCUGCACACUGUGUUAAUUUGAUGUUGCAGGAUAUUGGGAAAUUUGAAGAUGUAAGUGAGACCGUGUCACAAGCUUCAAAAAUUACCAAAUACAUCUACAACCAUUGCUUUGCUUUGUUUUUGAUGAGGGAUCAUACUGGUGGAAGAGAAAUCAUUCGUCCCGCUCCAACACGCUUUGCUACUAAUUUCAUUGCAUUGCAAAGUAUUUUGGCUCCAAAGGAUGCACUAAGAGCCAUGGUUACAUCUAAGAAAUGGACAAGCUCAACUUAUGCUAAAGAUGUCAAAGCAAAAAGAUUUGUGGAUCAAGUCUUAGAUUCUGGAUUUUGGGAUAAAUGUGUUGAAAUUGUGAAACUUACUAAGCCUCUUAUUCGCUUCUUACGUCUUCUUGAUAGUGAAGAUAAGCCUUCUAUGAGUUCUCUUUAUCAAGCUUUUUUUUCAAACUAG